GAGGAUGAUUGUUGUGCAUAGUUAUUUCUUUUAAAACGCAACGCCGUGUUCAUUUUCAGUUGUUAUUGAUGGGUUCUUUAUCAAGACGGAUAUGGUGGUUUUGCUUGUUUCAGUUGAGUUGGAGUGUUUUUGCUAUAGAAAACAAGUUUGUCCUACAACGAGUUGAAAUAUCACAUACCCACGGUACACAAACUUUAUUUCAGAAACAACUCGUCACUUCAGAUCCGUUACCAGUGACUUUGCCUUUACCACUUGAAGAAGGUCAACAACUUGAUAUUUUGGUUGAUUUGAGUAAUACCGGUUCUUUAGUUGAUUUAGAAGACUUGCAACAAGUUUGGAUAAGUUUUGUUGAAAAGUCAACCAAACGUGAAUAUUUGUUUUUACCUCGUAGACGCGGUACCGGAUCCCUUCUUUUUGAAGUCAAGAUGGAUGCUUCAGUUAUUGAAAGCUUUGAAGGUAAACAAGGGGAUUUUUUGGCAAAGUUGGUGAUUGGUGAUCAUCGAGUGUCACGAGGUAUUCAUCAGUUGCUUAUUGAUUCUGUCAACUUGAGCUAUCGAGUAAAGAAUACUCCUCGACCAAAGGGCAUAUUUGACUUUGAUAUAAGUUGGAAGUUUUAUCCACAAGAGGAGAUUGAACACUUAUUCAAGCCACCCAUGAAGCGAGCUCCUAUAUUCUUAUCUUUUUUAUUUACUGGUCUGGUCAUAUUGCCUCUGAUUGUUUAUAUCUUUUGGCUAUUAACGACAUCUGAUAUUUAUCCAUUACAAAUGCCCACAGGUCUAUCCACUAUAUGGUUUAUCAUAUUUCAUAUGAGUCUUGCAAGUUUUGUGUAUUGCUUGGUGAAGUUUUGGUUGAGUUGGAAUAUUCUAAAAACUUGGAAGGUUAUGUUGGCUAUCUUUCCAGUGACAUGGAUAAGUGGAAUGAAAUGGAUACAGUUAUUGAGCCAACAUUGUUCCUCACAAGAGGCACAACAUUCCAAAAAGAAGCAUACUUGAGGAGUAGUGAGAAUAAAAGAUCUCAUCAACUC